AUUCGACCUUGGUUGCUGAGUAAUGGGAAUAUCAUCAAGUUAACCCAUUGCUCCAGGUGAGGGGUCAUUUCAGUGACCUAACCACUAUAUAAAGACAUACGCAUCUGUUGUAACAAUCCUCAUUAUUCACGACAUAUUCAGCGACAAAACAUGGCCUCAGCAACUUCAUUCCGCGACCUCGUUGGCAUUCCCGCCUCUACGGCCAGCCCCUCUGAUAGCGUUCUCAUCAUCAUUGACGCGCAGAAUGAGUACGCUGAGGGACAGCUUAAAGUUACCAACGCUGCUGAGUCGCGAAAGGUCAUCGCUGGGCUUUUGGAGAAAUACAGAGCCGCAAAUGGAAGUAUCGUGCACGUUGUCCAUGAUACACCAGAGGGCGCACCGGUCUUCACCCCGGGUACUAAGCUCGCUGAGGAGUUUGACGAGCUGAAGCCCAAGGACGGCGAGGCUGUUAUCCACAAGAACUUCCCUGGUUCUUUCACCAAGACGGAUCUUCAGAGCGUCUUGGAUAAGACUGGAAAGAAGAAGGUUGUUCUUACAGGCUACAUGGCCCAUGUCUGUGUCUCGACUACUGCGCGACAGGCUGACGAGCUUGGCUUUGACGUCAUCAUCCCUGAGGAUGCCGUUGGUGAUCGCGAUAUCCCCGGCGUUGACGCCUCACAACUGGUCAAGGUUUCACUGAGCGAGAUUGGCGAUGCCUUCGGAACCAUCAUCAAGAGCAGCAGCAUUGCUUAGAAUUAUCUAUAAGUGAUAUAAACUUUUACAAUCUAUGUCAUUAC